AUGGACUGGCAGCGGCUGUGGCUGGGCUUCCUACUCCCGCUGACCGCCUCAGGCCGGGUCGUGGGGCCUGGAGAGAAGGAGGCAGCUGUGGAUUACUUGUUGCGGUAUGGUUACCUACAGAGGCCUCUAGAAGGACCUGACAACUUCAGGCCUGAAGAUGUCAUAGAGGCGCUGAGAGCUUUUCAGGAAGCAUCUGAGCUGCCGGUCUCAGGUCGGCUGGAUGAUGCCACAAGUGCCCGUAUGAGGCAGCCCCGCUGUGGCCUGGAGGACCCCUUCAACCAGAAGACCCUUAAAUACCUGCUGCUGGGCCGCUGGAGAAAGAAGCAUCUGACCUUCCGCAUCGUGAACCUACCGUCCACCCUACCAUCCUACACAGCCCGGGCAGCCCUGCUUCAAGCCUUCCAGUACUGGAGCAGUGUGGCUCCCUUGACCUUCCGCGAGGUGAAGGCUGGCUGGGCAGAUAUCCGCCUUUCCUUCCAUGGCCGCCAUAGCCCGUACUGCUCCAAUUCCUUUGACGGGCCCGGGCGGGUCCUGGCCCAUGCCGACAUCCCAGAGCUGGGCAGCGUACACUUUGAUGAAGAUGAACUCUGGACUGAGGGGACCUACCGGGGGGUGAACCUGCGCAUCAUUGCAGCCCAUGAACUGGGCCAUGCCCUGGGGCUGGGGCACUCGCGAUACACCCAGGCCCUCAUGGCUCCUGUCUACGCUGGCUACCGGCCCUACUUCAAGCUGCACCCUGAUGAUGUGGCUGGGAUCCAGGCUCUCUAUGGCAAGAAGAGCCCAGAGAUAGGGGAGGAGGAGGAGGAAGACACGACACUCCCCACUACAACCCUAGUGCCCACAGAACCCAGUCCCAUGCCAGACCCCUGCAGUGGCGACCUGGAUGCCGUGAUGCUGGGGCCCCGAGGAAAGACCUACGCCUUCAAGGGAAACUAUGUGUGGACUGUGACAGAUUCAGGAUUGGGUCCCUUGUUCCAAGUGUCUGCCCUCUGGGAGGGGCUCCCAGGAAGCCUGGAUGCAGCUGUCUACUCUCCUCGGACCCAAUGGAUACACUUCUUUAAGGGAGACAAGGUGUGGCGCUACAUUAAUUUCAAGAUGUCUCCUGGCUUUCCCAAGAAGCUGAAUAGGGUAGAACCCAACCUGGAUGCUGCUCUGUACUGGCCUGUCAACAAGAAGGUGUUCCUCUUUAAGGGCUCUGGAUACUGGCAGUGGGAUGAGCUGGCCACUACUGACUUCAGCCGCUAUCCCAAACCAACCAAGGGAUUGUUUACAGGAGGGCCAGACCAGCCCUCGGCCGCCAUGAGCUGGCGGGAUGGCCGUGUCUACUUCUUCAAGGGCAAACAGUACUGGCGCCUCAAUCAGCAGCUUCAAGCAGAGAAAGGCUUUCCCAGAGAUAUCGCCCAUAACUGGAUGCACUGUCGUUCCCCAAACACCACCGCCUCAGAUGGGGACACUGAUUCCUCGGUCACAGGCACAGACCAUUCAGCCACAGGAUAA